AUGUGGCUCCAGAACCGCAGCUUGCAGACCAAGAGACAGGUGGCCGAUGAGUCGGUGGAAGGAGCGUCGGAGCCGGGAACGUCAGCGGAUGUUGGAGACCCGGAGUCUGCUCCUGGAUCUUCAUCAUCGACGUCUGAAGAGGAGAAGGUGGACGACUCUGCUGCAGAAACAGAGACCGAAAGCAAAGAGACGGUUGGUCUGAAAACAGAAACUGCAGCGUCCUCUUCACCGGCUGUUUCCACCGAGGAGCCGAACGGCGCCGAGUUUGAGUGUAAAGAGGAGGAACCUGAGGAGGUGGAGGAGGACGAUGUUACGGAGCAGGAGAAACGUUCAGAGGAGACUCCAGCAGGAGCGAGCGGCGGCGAGGACUCGGCUUCUAAUCGCAGAGAGGAGGUGAAACAGACAGACGACGGAGUGAAGGAGGACGGAGGGGUGAUGGAGGAGGACAGAGGAGUGAAGGAGGAGGAUGGAGGGAUGAUCAAGGAGGACGGAGGGGUAAAGGAGGAGGAUGGAGGUGUGAAGGAGGAGGACGGAGGGGUGAAGGAGGAGGACGGAGGGGUGAAGGAGGAGGACAGAGGGGUGAAGGAGGAGACAUCCCCUCUGCGCUGUAAGCCAACCGUCUCCACGGAGGACGACCUGGACGAGAUGAUGGACAUCGGGACGGUGGAUCAGAUGGAGCAGGAGGCUCAGAUGAAAGAAGGGGAGGAGAACGACCCGUCGCCUUCUGAAUUACAAACCGUCGUCUUACCGAACUCUGCCGAGAACGAGGCCGAUGUGAAACCUUCGGCUUCUGAUCUGAUGUGGUCCGGCUCGUCUCCGUCGUCUGACGUCGCCAUGAGUACAGGAAGGGACAGCUCGUCUCCGGUGACCAUGUUAAACGGGAUGAAGGUGGUGGAGCUGUCCCUGCAGGGUCUAGAUGCUGAGAACCCGGAAGCUGCGUCGCACUCCAUCAAGUCGUCUCCUCCUUCGCCUCCUUUGGCCAAAGUGAAGGAUGAGCCGAUGGACGAGGAGUACGAGCAGGCGCUGGUGUCCUCCUCGUCCACGGCAAGCAUGAAAGAUGAGCCUGAGAAGGAGGACCUGCAGAUUGACUCGGUCUUCUCCGUGACCCCUGCUGCCGACGCUCUGUCCCAGUCCAACGUGGACUCGUCCACGCUGCACAUGUCCUGCUCCUUCUGCAGGAAGAACCUGCUGAAAGGACAGACGGCGUUCCAGAGGAAAGGCUUGCCGGCGCUGUUCUGCUCCACGGACUGCCUCACCACGUCACUUCCUCUCAGCAAAGGAGCCAAGAUCUGCAGCAACUGCCAGAAGUUGAUCUUCCGGCCUCACGACGUCAUUCAUGCUCCGGAUGAUAAAGGAGUCGUGAAGGAUUUCUGCAGCCAGAGCUGCGUGACCUCCUUCAACUACAAGAAACGCGCCGUCAACCUCAGGGGUUCGGCCGGGCCCGCUAAAGCGCCGCAGACUCAGUCGGCCUGCAGCAUGUGCUCCAGAGUCAGCACCAGCAAACACGAGGUGGUCCUGAGCGGAGCCGUUCACAAGAUGUGCAGCGACGCCUGCUUCAACCGUUUCCGCACCACCAACAACCUGGCGAUGUCCGGCUGCGCCAACUGCGGCCUGUACUGCCACAGCAAACCGCUGCUGCUGAAGAUGGACGACGGCAGCAAGACGCUGUGCAACGCCGAGUGCUUGGCUCAGUUCAAAGAGAAAACCAAGCUGAUCCAGAUGUGCACGAUGUGCCGGGCCCCCCGCUCGCUCGCUCAGAUGGUGGACAACAGAAACAGCGACGACUCUGUGAAUCUGUUCUGCAACAGCAGCUGUGUGAUGGCCUUCAAGGUCCAGUCUGCCAGCUCCUUGGGUACUCAAGUGAACUGUGAUUAUUGCAGUAAAAACGCCGUACCUUCGUACCACCUGGCCAUGUCGGACAACUCCAUCAGGAACUUCUGCUCGCUGCCGUGCGUCAUGUCGUUUCAGGAGAAGUUUAAGAAGAGUCAGGCGCGGCUGAACGCUAUCGCCAAGCCGGCGGUGGGAUCGGCUCAUACCGCCGUCACGCCUCAGAUCUGCCUGGACGCCAAAGAUCUGCGUAAACUGCGCUGCCUGCACUGCAACCAGAUCAUCGCGAGCAAACCUGAGCUCAUCCACAUCAAGGAUAAGAUCGCCUUUCUCUGCAGCGCCGACUGCUCCAUGGAGUACAAGAAGACCAACUUCGUGACCAGUCUGUGCGAGUACUGCAAGAUCGAGAAGAUCACCAGGGAGGUGAAAAGAAUCGACAACAAGGACUGCUACUUCUGCAGCGACGGCUGCAGGCUCCUCUUCAGACACGAGCUGAGCAAGAACUGGGGCAAACACUGCCACUCCUGCCUUUACUGCAACAGCGUGUCCAAGAAGCUGGUGACGGCUCAGUACGGGGGCUCCGUCGAGGACUUCUGCUCCGAGGAGUGCCGGUCCAAAUACACCAUGCUCUUCUGCCACGUUGCGAAGUGCGACAGCUGCUGGCGCAAAGGCAAACUGAAGCAGAGCCUGUCGCUGCUCGGCGAGGUCAAACACUUCUGCGGGCUCAGCUGUCUGCUGAAGUUCUGCUGCGACACGGUGGCCACGCAGGGGCCCAUCCCAAAAGUGUCUCCAGAGGACACGCCGGUGAUCGCCAGCGUCAUGUCGCUCGCAGAGCAGCAGGCCGGAAAAGCUUCAACCAGAUCUUCAACCAGAGCUGCUCAACAAGGUAGAACAUCCAACGUGUCAAAGAAAGCUGGACACGGCCGGAAGUCUCAGCGGCUGACCAAAGCUGCUGAAGAAGCGGCGCUGAAGACCUCCAAGAAAACCGUGGCUGCAGAGACCCAGAAGCUGAAGAGUCAGUACGGAGUGGACGCCUGGAAGCACUGGAUCCAGUGGAGGCAGACUCAGCCCAACCUGGAGCAGCGCCGCCUCGGCUCUCGUCCUCUGGAGUUCAGGGAGGACAUCCUGUGCUGCACCACGGCUGAGCUCAGCUACGGCUUGUGCUGCUUCAUAAAGGAGGUGAAGCGACCCAACGGGGAGCUGUACUCCCCCGACAGCCUGUUCUACCUCUGCCUCGGCAUCCAGCAGUUCCUGUUCGAGAACGGUCGGGUGGAGAACAUCUUCAUGGAUCCGUUCUACAGCAAGUUCUCCUCUGAGAUCACCAACAUGCUGAAGAGUUUCAAACCCGUCGUCACGUCCAGCGGUUACGUCCACUCCCGCGUGGAGGAGGAGUUCCUGUGGGGGUGUAAGCAGCUGGGGGCGUACUCCCCCAUCGUGCUGCUCAACACGCUGCUCUUCUUCUGCUGCAAACACUUCGGCUUCACCGACGUGGAGCAGCACCGCCAGCUGUCCUUCGCUCACGUCAUGCGCUGCACCAAAACCAACUCGGACGGCAGCAAGACCACCUUCCUGCGCUUCUACCCCCCCAUUCCUAUCAACGAGGCAGAGUCCGAUUCGGACGAGGUUCCAGCAAAGAAACGUAAAGAAGAGGGCAAAGAGAAGAUCCUGGAGAUGAUAGAGAACACGAAGAACCCUCUUCGUUGUCCCGUCAGGCUUUAUGAGUUCUACCUCUCCAAGUGCUCCGAGUCGGUGAAGCAGCGCACCAACAUGUUCUACCUUCACCCGGAGCGCUGCUGCGUGCCCAACAGCCCGCUGUGGUUCUCCUCCACCCCUCUGGAUGACAGCACCAUGGAGGCCAUGCUGACCCGCAUCCUCACCGUCCGGGAGCUGCACCUAAAGACCAAGAAGAACGGAGCGAAGGACCCGCUCUUCGCACCCGUUGAAGACGAGGACGACUCGGAGUGACGGCACGAACCGAAGUGACCUUUUAGCGGCGUCUGUAAAUAAACUUGAACGUUCACUACAUUUUGUUCUUGUGACCCCCGAAAAAAGAGCUGAGCGACGAAACGUUUCGCGUUUUACACUUUGUCUUGAACAGGAAGUUGCACAUGAGCUUUCAGACUGUUUCCUGCUGCUCAGAACGAACGACACCAGACGUGCACGUCGGGCGGUUUUUUCUCCAGCGAAUGGCGGCUCGCAGUGUCCGCGCUGUCUGCUGGGGUUCCUGACGUUUCCGUGCACACCAGUCUGUGGGUUUGGAGAUUGAAGUGAAGAGCUGACCCUCGGAAGAAUCACUGAAAACAUCUUUUUGAGGUCGUGUCCGUCUUGUUUCGAUGCAAACCUGCUGACAACUUUAAAACUUUACUUUAGAACGGUUGCUGCAUCGUAAGGCAACUUUUAAACUCAUUCACACAAACAAUCCCAGACGUUAAUAAAACACAACAAGCUCGGACUAUAUAUUUUUUCUAGUUCACACUGGGGUGACAUUAUGAAGGUGUUUUAAGAGAAUUUGACUUUUUAAAUUUUAUUUCAACAUUACUACGAUAAACUGACAUGUUGACAAGUGACCAACUGAUUUGAAUAAUUCCAGGGUUUGAAUGUGACUGAACUAGUGAAAAAAAAAUCAAAGUAACAUUGAUUAUUUGUGAAAUGAAAAUACAACUUUCCCCCAUG